CUCUGAUUGGUCGACGGUAGCCAUGUUUGCAUUUCCAGCUGUCUAGAUGCGAACCAGCUAACCGGUUAGCUGUCUGAGCUACAUUUGGCUCUUUAUUCGGUGUAAUAGUUAACUAACAGCGCUGCCACCCCGUUAACACCGUGUUAUCUGUAAGUCGCAAUGCCGGUUCACUCCCGGGAGAAGAAAGAAAGUAACCACGAAGAAAUGGAGGUGGAUUUUCCCGAGCAAGACGGCAGCAGCACAGACGAGGAGGACACCGUUAGCUCGUCCGUGUCUGAAGAUGGAGACAGCUCGGAGAUGGAUGAUGAGGACUGUGAGAGGAGGAGGAUGGAGUGCCUGGAUGAGAUGACCACCUUGGAGAAACAGUUCACAGACCUGAAGGAGCAGUUGUAUAAGGAGCGUCUGAGCCAGGUGGACAUCAAGCUGCAGGAGGUAAUGGCUGGUUGUGCCCAGGAAUACCUGGAACCUUUAGCCAACCUGCAGGAGAACAUGCAGAUCCGGACCAAAGUGGCUGGGAUCUACAGGGAGCUGUGCUUGGAAUCAGUGAAGAACAAGUAUGAGUGUGAGAUCCAGGCUGCCUGCCAGCACUGGGAGAGUGAGAAGCUGCUGCUGUUUGACACUGUGCAGAGUGAACUAGAGGAGAAGAUAAGAAGAUUGGAGGAAGACAGACACAGUAUUGAUAUUACCUCAGAGUUGUGGAAUGAUGGAUUGCACUCACGGAAAAAUAAGAAAAAAGACCCAUUCUGCCCCGUCAAGAAGAAGAAGCCUGUUGUUGUUUCCGGGCCUUAUAUUGUUUACAUGCUGCAAGAUCUGGAUAUUCUUGAAGACUGGACCGCAAUAAGAAAGGCGAUGGCGUCUCUGGGGCCACACAGGGUGAAGGUUGAUGUCCCUGCAGCCAAGCCUGACAGACAUCACCAUGUGGCACGCUCAGAGGACGGUCGGCUUUUCUAUGACAACCAGUGGUACUGCAGGGGACAGGCCAUCUGUAUCAACAGGAAGGAUGAGUACCCGACUAGUGCCAUCAUCACCACCAUCAACAACGAUGAGGUGUGGUUCAAACGACUGGAUGGCACCAAGUCAAAGCUGUACAUCUCCCAGCUGCAGAAAGGCAAAUACACGAUCAAACACUCAUAAAAACACACUGACACACACACAAAACCAUCAUCUUUGCCAUGUUUCUCUGUCUCUUUUCCAUGUUGUAUCUUUAUACAUGCUUGCCAUAAGUACGCACACACACACACACACACACACAUACACCUCAGUUCACUCUCUCUGUGUAUGAGUAACAAAAAAAAAAGAAACUGUACAGAAACAAAUAUCAACUGACCCUUCUCAUUUAAGGAGACGAUCUUCUCUGUAAAUAUGUAUGUAUGUUGAUAUUACCGACAAGGUCACAAAGUGUCAUUUUCUCUGGAAAGGAGAUCAAUGCAAAGUGCUGCUAAAAACGAAGGGAGAUAAAAAACCGGAGCAGUAGCGAACUGUGAACCACGGAGCUCAGUCGCGUGCCUUUCUGAGACGAGACGAUGCCUCGGCUGGGAAAAAAAAAAAAAAAAAAAGUCUGGAACUAUCAAUGCAGCGAAGCCUUACUCUGGACUGGAAGUGGGUCAAAGCGGGUCAAUGAAUGAGUGAGUGAGAAGCCCCGAUCCAGGUGAAGAUGUUGUCAGCGGUGUGUUUGAUUUUGCCUCCCCAGACUCACCAGUUAGACUUGAAUUUCAUGCUCCACAGAGCCUAAUAAAUCUGUAUUAGGAUCCCCAGGGACCCCAGUUUGAGAGAAUGAUUUAGAAAAAAAAAAAAAAAAAUUGCACAAGUGUCAAUAUGAAGAUGGAGGGUGAAAGCGAUGAUUAAUCAAUUUUGAGUUAAUGAUUAUAUUGUGAACGUAAUUAGAUAAAAACCUUUCUUCAAAACCCUCCCCCGGGUUUUGUUGAAACCCACAAGGGGGAGCCGCUGUAUUAAAUGAUCUCUUGAUGUGUUGAUGUUUUAGUGUAAUUUUCACAGCACUACAUUUUUAAGUUCAAACCCAGGCCACCGUCCCAUAUGCACUGAGCAAAGCAUAAAAGUUGCAAAAAAGAAGCCUACUGUAUUUUAAGUAUACGGUAAUGGGAGGUGUCCUGUACAUUGAGACAACUGCGUGUUUUGUGUUUACGUCACUGUGAUUCUUCCCUCUGUUUCCUGUCAUGUUACCAUGUGUCUGAUAGUGCCUAGAACUCAACAUUUAAGGCAGGAUCUAGGCUUAGAUGGGUCAGCUCACCUCCACAGGUUUGGACUGCAUUUUCUUCUGUGGUGGCGGGAUCAUGACAGCCUUAAAUUUGUAAUUCAUAGUGCUAUUUUCAGUUUUUUUUUGUCUUUGCCGAGCCUUUUUUUGCGUCCUCCCGUCUUAAUUCAUCCUCCUCAAUUGUCAUUUCUUUUUCUCUUACCUUUGUCUUCUUCCUUGCUGUCAGUAAACAUGUUCCUCAACAUUAAUGUACAAAGAGAAAGCAAGGUUAAGGGAUUUUCUUGUGUGUACAAUCCGUCCAAGUGAACCUUUUUUGUGUAAGUGUAUAUUAUGUUUAGAUCUUGCUUUGCAUUGUAUUUACGGUGCUUUAAAUUUUCACCGUUGCAUACAUAUUUCAAAGUAUUACCUGCCAACAGUAUUGUAAAAGAGAGGUGCUUGCAACGUUAUAUCAUAAACAGAAAUGUGACAAUGUGGCAUCCACCGAGCAGAACUUCUGAUAGUUUGUUGCAAGUCUUUUGUUUUUCCAUUUCUACUUUGUUUUUAUCUUUUUAUGCAUCGUGGUUCCUCUUCCACAUUAGAGGUAAAAAGAGAAAACUUGUGACAUUGUGCCAAUGCAUGUACAGCUAAUUAAAGAUUUUGUUUGUAUCAUUUGAAGAGA